AUCUCCGUGAUCGCUGUGUCCUGCGGACACAGCUGAUCACGUGACAUGGUAAAAGGCCAAUCACAGCGGCCUUUUACCACGUGAUCAGCCGCGUCCAAUGACACGCUGAUCACCAGGAAAUGCAAAUGCCGGUUCUCGGCUGCACUUUCCUCACGCUGGUCACUGAUCAUCAGUGCCUUGAUGAUCGCCCACCUGUGCCACACACAAGUUCCCGCCCACUUGUGCCCAGCAAUGCGCCCACCUGUGCCCAGCAAUGCGCCCACCUAUGCCCAGCAGUGCGCCCACCUGUGCCCAGCAAUGCACCCACGUGUGCCCAGUGCCCACCUGUGCCC